CGACGGCGAAAACGCGAGAUUAAUCUCGCACUCUCGCCGUCGCGAUUUCGCUCCCUCGCCGUCGCGUUUUCGCAUUCUCGCGUUCUCGACCUAAAGUCGAGAACGCGAGAACGCGAGAUUAGUCAUUAACGGCCGUCCUCGCACUCUCGCUCCCUCGCGUAAGGAAGUUCCCAUAAUUUCACAUGCGUGUUUAACUCAAAGCGUCUGGAGGAUCGGGGUCCUUUUCCGAAUUCGAUUCGGCAAAUAAAAUGGCUUCAAGUUUCGAAGAUACCAGGGAUGAUAUAUUGAGGGAUUUGUUCUUCAAAGAUUACACAAAUUUGGAAAUGCAAACAAAGCUGCACUAUAAAGGAAUUAGUAUGAGUAGUCGUUCAAUAAAAAGACACUUGAGGAGACUGGGUUUGAGGCAACGUGGAAGAUGGAGUACACAAGAAAUUGUUACGGCAAUUCAGGAAGAAAUAAAAGGCAGUGGUCAAAACCUGGGAUACCGCAGCCUGACUAAGAGACUUUUGACAAAGCAUGGCAUGGCAGUUGGAAGAAAAUCAGUAUCUAGCAUUCUUAGGCAAAUUGACCCAAAAGGUGUGGAGCUUAGGACACAUCACUGCCUGAUCAGGAGGACAUACUACAACAAGGGGCCCAACUUCCUGGUCCAUAUAGAUGGGUAUGACAAAUUGAAGCCUUUUGGAUUAGCCAUACAUGGAGCCAUCUGUGGAUUUUCACGACGUGUCUUAUGGUUAAAAGUUGCCAGAACCAACAAUGACCCAAGAGUGGUUGCCUCAUACUUUCUAGAUUUUGUAGAAGAGAUAAAUGGAGUUCCAAGGUGUAUUCGGGCAGAUGGUGGGACAGAAAAUGGUAGUGUGGAAGAUACUAAAGCCUUGAGAUGGUAUGACGAUGAUGAUAUGAGUGGAGAAAAAAGUGUAAUAAUUGGUAGCUCUACUUCAAAUCAGAGGAUUGAACGCUGGUGGAGGUCAAUGCGGCAGAUGGGGAUUGGGUUUUGGAUCGACUUUUUCAAGGAUUUAGAAUAUCAAGGCCUUUUCUCCAAUGCAAUUGAGAUGCACAUGGACAGUGGAUUACAAAUUUUCAGUGAAAUUAAGUGAUGUGGAGUCCUUGAAGAGUUUCUGUAGUUAUCCAAGCUGCUAUGGAUGCACAGAGGAGAUAAAGGAACACUUCACGUCUAUUUUGCUUGAAGGUAGAAGAAGUGAGCCUAUAAAUUCUGAAGAUGCAAAGGAACUGUUCCAAUGGAUGUUACAAAAGAUAUAGAUUGGAUAAGUUGACAAUGUGAUGAGGAUUGUGACAAUAAUAGUUUAUCCUCAAAAACUUUAAAGAUUAACAAAAACAAGAGGCCCAAAGGACCUUAAAUGGUUAUCGGACUACAUGGAGUAUGUCAAACUUCAAAAAGUAGUAUAACCCAUAAUGGUUGACAUGUUGGAUAAAUGUGACCUUAAAAGUAGGUCAAGCUUAUUCAUUUGAAUAAAAUUGGUAUUCCUCCAUCCCAGCAAGCUACAGGCCCAACAUCAGGUCUCUAUAUAUAUGUAUCUAGGUUAUUGAGAAGUUUUUUUUAAAAUAUCAUAGCCUUUUUGACCCCAGUCACCUUGAAAGUGGGUCAAAGUCAUUCAAUUAAACAACAUGGUGGGGCUUUGCAUCAGUAUGGUACAGGCCCAAUAGGUCAGAUGACCUUAAUAAAGAAAUAACAUGA